AUGGCAAGUCAACCAAUAUUUAUUAAUGCGAUAAUUUAUAUAGCAAUUUUUAUAUUAUUAGGAUAUCUUGCCUACGAUUUACAACUUGAAAUAAGAGAGUUAAGUGUUAUCACUCAGGAGAUUAAAGUUGAAUCAAGAGAUUCAUUAGUUCCUCCAGCUUUAACUUUUUGUAUAACAAAAGAUGUAGCUUACAAUUUCAACAUCACAGUUCAAGGGGUCACAACAAGUAAUGAUUAUUAUUUAAAAUCAUAUGAACCUUAUUCACCAGAGUUGGCUUAUUCUGGACUUAAUGUUGCAAGAUGUUGGAUCAUGAAAUCACCAUCAAAUACUGCAGUUAUACAAGAAAAUCCAACAAACCAAAAUGUAGAAGAUAUGGUAUUCACAUAUACAAGAAUUUUUGAUACAUCAGGACCACAAGUUAAAACUCCAGUAUUGAUUAAUGUUUUUGAUCCAUUGGAAAUAGAUUCAUUGUUUCGGUAUAAUAGAUUUUUAAAGUUAGAUCCCGAUAUUAAUAGAGCAAUACAUUUCAGCAGAACUCAAAAUGUUGAUAUAAACAAAAAAGUAACAAAUGAUGUAAAAUAUAAUAUUAUUGAUGAAUUCCAAGAGAUUCAAUCAAGCGCCACUAGUUCAACAAAUAAAAUUACUAUUAGAGCUGUUAGAGAUGUUAAACCAUUUAAUUUAAAUGGACUUUUCAGAAAUACUAUUACAUUAAUAAGUUCAUUAUUUACAGCCUAUGUACUUUUAGCGGGUAAAGGUAGAUAUGCACCAUGGGGAGUUGUUCACCAUAUAUUUCGAUAUUUUCCAGCUGAACAUAUCGAACCCAAAGAUACAGUUACGAACAUUGAAGAUAAAGUUUUUAAUACCGAGGAUAAAGCUUUUGGUAGUGAAAAAAAAUUAAAUGAUAUUGAAGGAAAAUUAAAUAUUAUUGAAACAAAAUUAGGUCUUUAUUUAUCAAGAUUUGAUGGGGAAAAAAGGAAAUUAUUCUUUUGUUAA